AAUAAAGGAUCAUUUUUACCAUUCCUUCUGUUAAGUGACUCUAUAAUCAGAUAUAAAAAAAAGAAUGGUUGGAUUCCCAUUCAUCAAAUCUGUGUUCCUGAUCCUACCGCUGUUGUGUUUGGUUUGCAAUGCAGAUAUACCGUUAUUAAAAAGAGGUCUGGUCAAAACAAUGGACAACCUUCAAAUAAUGUUAGAGUCAGCUGUUCAAGGCCAAAAAGAAGAACAAGACAGAAUCGAAGCAAUGUCAAAACUUUUGGAUGAAGCAAAGUAUUUGACAAAUAUGGAACAAUUGAAAAUAUUCUUGCAGGACCUUCAGGAAGCUGCAGAUGAAGCUCGUGAAUACAAGACGCUUGUAAAGUCCAGCCUUGAAAUUCUCAGCAAAGUCCAUGAAGAGAACAUGAAAGUACUUCAUCCUGAACUUCAACAAAUGAAAAUGUCACAGGAUCCAUCAGUUUAUCAAACUUUUCUUGCAUUUGAAAGCCUUAAAAAAACAGUGAUGACUUACUUAGACCUAAAGGACAAAGUUUUUAGUGGAGGAGCAAAAGAUACUGCAAAAAAUCUGCAUUAUGUUUUGAAUGUUUUAAGAUCACAAGAACUUGAUGAUGGACUAAUCGGAAAAAGGCUGGGUCAGACCCAGACGCAGAGCUGUGUGCUCCAAUCAAUUCAGACACAAGCAGCCCUGGCUGGGGGAGGAGACAAGAAGAGUAUUAAAAUCAUCUUAGAGUCCAAGUACUCUUAUUCAACACCUUCAUACGACAACUUAAGUAUAUAUGGUGUGAUGCGAGCAGCAGUCAUGUUCAGAAACAGGAAAGUGGUUCAUGUCAGGAGACUGGUCUUCAUUUUUACUCUGCUGGGUCUGCUCUGCCCUGCAAAUUCAUGGAUAGACAUGGACCAGCUGAGAGAGAUGAAAGAGAAUGUUGAGCUGCUGAAACGAGAAGCAAUGAGGAGAAGCGUUGAUAACGUGGUAGAAAUGAUCUUCAGUCCUUUGGUUCUUGAGAAGUCAAGACGACUACUGGAUUGUUCCAAUAAGAUGCUCGGGAAUGGGAGGCGCAAAUUUCCAGAAAUUGCUCAAAGCAUCCAGAGUGUAAAGGAUUUGGUGUUGGCUUCCAAACGUUUUGUGCAUAAAGCCCUUCAAAAUCAGGCUGAAAAAAUCAAAGACUAUAAAAAUAAAAUAUCACAACUGGAAAGAAUUAUGAUGAACCUGAAAGAGAGGAAAUCUGAGCUGUAA